GUCCAGUUCUCUUAGUCGACGAACAAGCAUCCCAUACUCCGUUGGUCGCCGUCCACCGUUGUCAACGCUGUGUGGUUGUUCUCGGCCAAGCAGUGAAGAAGGUUCGAACCUAGGUCUUUUUUCUACUCCCAAAAUCCGGAUUUAUGCUGGUGGUUGAAUUGCUUAUAUGCUGGUGAAACCAGAAAGAUCACACGCAUUGAUCUGAAUCAUCAGUUGAAACCUUCAUUUUCAGUUAUUUCACUAAAUGUCUCUUAGAAAACCUCCCCUUCCACGUCUCCUCCUCAACAACGUUUCCUGCAUGAGAAAUGCCCAACAAAUUCUUCAUCAUGUGAAUGUCUCCCUUCAUGAUGGCAGUGCGCUUGUGUUAACAGGUGCAAAUGGCUCAGGUAAGACAACCUUUCUGCGUAUGUUAGCGGGAUUUUCUCGCCCUUCUGCUGGCGAAAUACUUUGGAACGGACAUGACAUUACACAAUCCGGAAUAUUUCAACAGUAUAAGCUUCAGCUCAACUGGCUUUCCCUCAAGGAUGCCAUUAAAGAGAAGUUUACAGUUCUUGACAAUGUUCAAUGGUUUGAAGUACUUGAAGGCAAGCAAGGGAGGUCAAUGCCUGGACUCGAGUUGAUGGGUCUUGGAAGGUUGGCUAGUGAGAGGCCAAGUAGACUCUCAAUGGGCCAGAGAAAAAGAUUGCAACUUGCGAGAUUGUUGGCAAUUGAUCGUCCGAUUUGGUUGCUUGAUGAGCCUUCUGUUGCAUUAGAUGAUGAAGGGGUGAAGUUACUCGAGUACAUAAUUGCAGAACACAGAAAGAAUGGUGGGAUUGUGAUUGUGGCAACCCAUUUACCAAUUAAGAUUGAAGAUGGCAUGAUCUUGAGGCUGCCUCCAAGAUUUCCUAGGAGGAUGACUCUAGUGGAUAUGCUUGAUCGUGCCGAUAUUUAGUUAUAUUCUUUUUUACUUCACAUUAACAUCAAUUAGGAAGUUCUAGAAGGAUAUAUGAAGGAGUAUAUGAUUAUUGAGAACCACAAAAUUCUGAAAUUUAAUUUAGGAAUCAUAAUCCUUUUCUGUAAUAAAAAAAAAACAUUGUGACUAAAAUACCCUUCACACUAAUUAAGCAAUUGGGCGCUAAGUGAUUCUGAAAUUCUAAGAGUUCGAGCUGUUGAAGUUUUGUUUGAGGGCAUUGUUGCCUUCAAGCAAGCGAGGGCGUUGUGUUGAUGGAUACAGUUUGGGCAUAGGUAUAUUAAAAGGCCAGUUGCAUCAUGAAGAAGUGAACUUGCUUGUUUAAAAGAGUUGCACAGAUGGGCCUGGAAUCUGGAUAAACCACCCAGCAUGGUGUGCAUUAAAAAGAGGUGCUUUUUGAAGGGUGUUUUUUUUUUUUUAUUUUGGAGGAAUAAAAGAGGACUGAAGGAGUUUUUUUUUUUUGGGUGACCAAAUUGUGUAAAUAUUUUGUACUGAAUUCGUUCUUUAUUUCUUUUUGCUGUUAGGGUUCUUAGAUUUUUGGAAACCCAGUUUGUAAUUGGCACAUAAAUGUGAGAGGGAGGCUCACAAGGAUACUUAUUUUAGCCUUUUUGUGUUUAGAAUAUUGAAACGUUGAUUCUCUCUUCUUGAAAA